AUGUCUGAGCCACAUCCAUAUCGCAACAUCCAAAUCCCCGACGACGCGCCGAUCGAGUUGAGACCGUCACCUGGAGCAGGAUGGGGAGUCUUUGCUACCAGACCCAUCAAGAAGAACAACUUGAUCUUGAAAGAGACGGCAAUCUUCACUAUCACGAAAAGUGCAGGAGAAGAAGCUACUGAAACCGACGUUAAUAAAGCGUGGACAAAGCUCCCCUACUCCACCAAAGACGCACUUCUACCUCUACGCGAGAAUGGAUCGCAGCCUCCCAAGUCUCCUUUUGAGGUCUGGUCUCACAAUCAUUUGAAUCUGAAGAAUGAAGUUGCSGAGCCAUACUUAGAAAUGAACGAAUCUGUAAGCCUCGCAACAACAACAGGCCUGUUUGUCCUCCAGUCUCGUAUCAAUCAUUCGUGCUUACCCAACGCCAGACGCCCAUGGCUUCUAACCACUGAGGACUCUACGUCGCUGAUCCCAACGAGAGACAUUACUGCUGGCGAGGAAAUCACAAACUGCUACGUCUUUCAAUUCCAGCUCCUUAGCAGGGAAGAGCGAGCUGAUAUGAUGGGAUUUGUCUGCAAUUGCAAAGCAUGCGAUGUUUCUGACGACAACAAGGAGUGGCAGCAAAUGAGUGACAUGCGGCGAAGACUCCUUCGAGGAGUUUAUAAUCACCUCAACGGCGGAGAUCAGGCCCGUCCAGGAGUUGCGUGGCCACCAUCGAUCAUCCGUGACCCUGUUAUGAAGCGAGCAGCAGAGACACUCAGCAUUCCUCUCUCUAAACGAUUCAUUUAUGGUAUGCUGUUUAUCGUAUUGAUGGAAGAAGAGGGCUUGCUAGACGACUUUGGUCUCGGUCUAAUAUUCCAGAGCGUGCUACCUUGUCCCACCUCUUUCAAGACGAAGAGCAACUUUGAAAUCGCGGACCGCGCUUUCCACAGGGGCUAUACUAACAAAUGCUGGAAAGACGCUCUUGGUAUUACUUUUGAGCUUGAUGGACGGUCUGAUGAAGCUGAUUGGUCCUUUGCGGAGGGACUGCGACGAGAGCGUGCCAAACUUACUGCACAAUUCGGGUUUGACAAGAAGGAAUCUGUGAUCGGACCGACCGUCACCGUUGGGACAGAUUGA